AUGAGUGCCGCCGAAACGUUCAGUUCGACGUCAUUUGACGUUCAGUCUGUGGACCGAUCAACCCCGAGAUCGGACGUGCAAGUGCUCAAAGCCGGGGAUGGCUGCCUUUGUGUUUUUACCGUCUCGGAAUGUGACGAUCUGAAUUCCCAUUUCGAAUUGUGCGCUAUUUGUUCCGUUAGACUGACCGAUACUCACCAGUCUUUAUGCGCGGACGCGACUACUCCCAUUACCGCUGGGGUACAAUAUCAGCUGUGUUUGGGACAGGCACCCGAUCUAGCUCCGGGUAUGGUAAUCACUGCACAAAAUCAAACCAAACACUCCUCCUUUCGAUCCCUUUUGGAAUGUGCUCUGAUUGGAUCUAUACCUGGAGAAAUAGUAACAGUCAAAUACAAGAGGACUGGAGCUUCAACAGAUCCGGAUUCGGUGUUUUCCGUUUCGCUCCAAAUCGAUCGAAUUGAACAUCCGCCUCGAUGUGCUCGACGGAACAAUAUAUUGUCUGAUCCGCAAUGGUCAGAUGAGGGGACCAGCGCGUUUACCGGAGGCAAGAAAGAUCCACUUGAAAAUCCGACCAAUGACUGGAAUCCGGAACUGACCGUGCACUGGGCCGUGCGUGCUUGGGCACUCAAAGAACGUGGAACAUGGCUGGUCCAACGUCAUACGGGCAAGCAGAAAUGUUCCAUAUUGGUCUCUUCCGAUUCGAUUCGUAGUCCAUGGUGCUCGGGGUUCGCCUGCUACUCGCGCGCAUUGCAGUUGGUGACUUUGGCGCGUUUAGCUCAAGAGCGAUGCUUUUCAGAACCGUCUGUGGAUGACGCGGAGAAACGAACUGCGCGAACAAAGCCCGAUUCAGGCCCGGUGGACUUAGAUCGGUUNGUGCGGUCUCAGUCGUUGCUUGUAUCCGCGUUCAACUCAGGGUUUCUUUCGGUUUGUACAACCUUUAGUCCUGCAUUUUCUUGGGGCGGUUUUCAUUUCUAUCUUUUGGUUGCCCAUUUGGAUGCAGAAUAA